AUGGCGAUGGAGAAUGCACGGCUACCGCAAUCAGAAUGGCUUUCUGGCCUAAACACAGUUACACCCUCCGGUAGCCAGGAACCGGAUGGUACGCCCUCGUCUUUGAUGAAGGCCGACGUGGCCGUUGCUACGGCCCCUACUGUUACUAUCAAAGCGGAAGCAAGUGCGAUCAACCAAGCGAGCAGCACCAAAGUAGCUGCAGUUACUCCAUUGAUAUCGUUGGAAGGAUCUGGGGCAAGAAUAGACUCGGAUGCUCUUCCUGGUGUUAACCAAUCGAAGCCAGAGUUGAUAGGAGGCGCCAGAGAGAAUUCAGACGCCCUUCCAGGUGUUAAUCAAGGACAACCUGAGUUAGUCAAUGGUCUUAUGCCAGGAAAGAAACAGCCGUUACCUACAGCGAUUACGGAUGGUUCAGCAUCAUCGCUCCCGGCUUCCGCCUCGCCAGGUACUUCAUCAUCUCCAGCUGUUACAGAAUCGUCAACCGUCUUGCAACCUUCCGGAGAAUCUUCAAUAAUAUCCUCGGAGACUUCCGUAAUUCAGACACCAUCAUCUUCGACUGUAAUUUCUUCUACCCCAUCGACAGCUGCGCCUUCAAUAACAUCCACUCCUGACUUGUUGCCACAAAUCGUCACAUUCGUUACCGUGACUCGAACGGAGGGUAAAGAGUAUUACUCUACCGAAAGUCUGGCAAUCCCAAAAUCUGUCAACACACCUCAGAUGUUUUCUUCUUCAAUACCCGCCCCGCCCGCCAUGGAGACAGUGUUAGCUGUUCCCGCCGCCUCCGACAGUAUUGAACCGCAGCGUGGAUUGACACCCGUGUCAAGGGCACUAUUCAUUCUCUUUGGAGUACUUGGUAUUCUCAGCAUGAUUAUUGCGCUAGUAGUCUUUUGCAUAAUGAGGUCAAAUAAAAAAAAGAGGAUGCAAGCAUUCCAGCAACGCACACCCAACCCUUUUGCCGAUGAUGUCAAGCACGAUGACGACCAUAGAAGAACAACUCGGGCGUCUAGUGAAUAUGGGAGAAAUACGCAAAUAACCAGCGACUAUGGAGGCACAAUACGCGCAUCCAGCGAGUAUUCAAGGCCGACGCGUGCAUCAUCAAUCUACCCUCCUAACAGACCUGUCAUGACUGACAGUGAAAAGGCCAUUGUGGAUCGUGCCGCUACGCCCGACGGAAGCCAAGAAGCCAACAACAAAAAGCCAAAUGCUCGCCUUACAGACGCCAUUAAUACCUUCAUCACUAAAUCGAGGCGCUUAACUUAUAAAAUCACCCCUUGA